GGUGUUCACCUUUCGAUUUUUUUCAAGUCCAAAAGACACUUUGUGUGGUAUUCAAGCAGGAUGGAGGACGAUUGGGAUAUUGAUUCACACACCAUACAAAAGUUACAAGAAAAAUAUAAAAAUCAAGAUUUCCCCUUAUUUAUGGAUGCUCUUCCUAGUUCUUUGAAUAACAAUCCUCAUCUUGAAGCCCUGAAUUGUAUUUUGUAUGACGAACACACUCCGGAUGAAAGAGCCAUGGGUUUUAAAGAGCAAGGAAAUUUAUGUUUUCAAGAUGCUCUAAAGGGAAACAAAAAAAAAUUCCAUCUUGAACAAGCUAUCAGUUGUUAUACUCAAGGAAUACAACAUGAAUGUCCAAAUGCAACUUUAAAGUCUUUAUUGUAUUCGAAUCGCGCUCACGCUUAUUUACUUUUAGGAAAAUAUAUUGAAUGUAUUGCUGAUUGCCGUGCAUCCAUUCAACUCGAUCCUCAAAACAUUAAAAGUUAUUUUCGAGGAUCCAAAGCGUCUUAUUAUUUAAGCUUAUUGCGUCAAAGCGAACAAUUUUGCUUGGAUGGGUUGAAAGUGGAGUGCGAAAAUCAACCCUUACAAAAUUUAUUGAAGCUUAUUGAAGAAAAAAAACAUGAAAAACUUAAAAAAUCUCGAGAAACUCAAAAAAAAAAAAUGACUCAGGAAUUAUUGCUCGAACAGUAUUUAAAUAAUGCUUUGCAAAGCCGAGGCAUCACUCUUAAGAAGAAGGUUUUAUAUGACGUUCCAUUAUCCAAAGAAAAAAAUGCUUGGUUAGAUUCCGAAAAUCACUUGCAUUGGUGUUGCAUUUUAUUAUAUCCGGAAUAUACUAUGUCGGAAGCCAUUGUCGACUUUCAUGAAAAUUCAACCUUUUUAGACCAUUUAAUGAUCAUGUUUCCUGGAGACACUUCUUAUGCCCCAUGGGAUAUGAAACGGGAAUAUAUUUAUUCCAAUUUACUUGUUUUCUAUGAAGGAGGCUUCACUGAUAAUUCCGUUGUUCUGGUUCCCAAUGCACUCACACUCAAGACUACCUUAUCAACAAUUGGCCUUGUGUCGGGUAACCCUAUUUUUCAUAUUGUAGUGAAAAAUACAGAAUCAGAACAAAUGAUACAAAAAAUGUUUUGUCUUCGUGAAAUUUCUUUUCCUGAUAAGUAGAACAAGAGGCAAUGUUUUAGGUGCACGUUUAAAAAAGAGGCAUUCAUGUCUUGUAAAAAUGGAAAGAUGAGUUGAUUUUAAAAGAUGAGGGUUUUUUUUUUUAAUUUAUUAAACAAUAACGUUCAGCGAAAGCUAAAACCACUUGCACAAUAUCUUCAGGUUGAUCUUCCUAA